GACAGGGAUUGGUCUGAAAGUCAGCGGAGUAGAGGAACCGGAGCGGAGAGGAAUGACGGGAGUUUACCGUUUUAACUCCAGAAACACAGACUUGAGACGAUGUUAACGGACACACGGGAGUUUUAAAAUGAUAUUACAGGCGUUGUUUAACACGAGAAACCAACUUUAGGGGUUAGUUUGUGGUUGUGUGUGUUUUUUUUGUGGGAGUCGCAGGGGUUGACGGGGCGGUCCGCUGCAGGCUCAACAUGGAUGAAGCAACGGUGCGGCUCUGAAGAGGAAUUAGGGCCGUUUCUGGGUUAUUUCUGGUCGUGAGUUUGUCUGACGGAGCCGAGGAGGGUUUUUUAAAGCAGUAACCUAUUUACCAGAAUUACAAAUCAAAUUCACCUGUUACUUGUGGCUGACUGUUAGCAAAGAUGUUGAGGCUGUUGAGGCGAGACAUGCCGCUUUCAGAGAGGCUGGGGGAAGACUCUCCUCUGGCCGCAGCGCCCGGCCCGGCGCUCACCGCAGCCCCUACGGGCCCCAACAUUUCAUGGCUCCCGGAAGCCCCGCGGUUGAGCUCAGAACCGCCUAUCUUCCUCAUGACUCCCGCAGCACAGGCUGUGUCUGGCUUCUUCGUCUGGACCGCGCUCAUCCUCACCUGUCACCAGAUCUACAUGCAUCUACGUUUUUACAGCUCGCCCAGGGAGCAGCGCCACAUUGUGAGGAUCCUCUUCAUCGUUCCCAUCUAUGCCUUCGACUCCUGGCUCAGCCUCCUCUUCUUCACCAACGACCAGUACUACGUGUACUUCGACACCGUCAGGGACUGCUACGAGGCGUUUGUGAUUUACAACUUCCUGAGUCUGUGCUAUGAAUACCUCGGAGGAGAGAGCGCCAUCAUGGCCGAGAUCCGAGGGAAACCCAUUGAGUCCAGCUGUAUGUACGGUACCUGCUGUCUGAGGGGAAAGGCCUACUCCAUCGGCUUCCUGCGCUUCUGUAAGCAGGCCACUCUGCAGUUCUGCGUGGUCAAACCGCUCAUGGCCGUCAUCACCGUUAUCCUGCAGGCCUACGGCAAAUACAAGGAUGGAGACUUCAAUGUUGCCAGUGGUUACUUGUAUGUAACCAUCAUCUACAACAUCUCGGUCAGCUUGUCUCUGUACGCCCUGUUCCUCUUCUAUUUCUCCACGAGGGAGCUGCUCAGCCCUUACAGCCCCAUGCUCAAGUUCUUCAUGGUCAAGUCGGUCAUCUUCCUCUCCUUCUGGCAGGGCAUGUUGCUGGCCAUCCUGGAGAAGUGCGGGGCCAUCCCUCAGAUUAACUCGUUGGAGUUGUCCCUCGGCGAGGGCACGGUCGCCGCCGGUUACCAGAACUUUAUCAUUUGCAUCGAGAUGUUUUUUGCGGCGCUGGCUCUGCGACACGCUUUCACCUACAAAGUCUACAUGGACAAAAGUCUCGAUUCACAAGGACCCGUUCCUACGUACGGACAGUUUGGCCGCUGUGCCCCCAUGAAGAGCAUCUCUAGCAGCCUGAAGGAGACGAUGAACCCGGGCGACAUGGUCCAAGACGCCAUCCACAACUUCUCCCCGGCCUACCAGCAGUACACCCAGCAGUCCACACUGGAGCAGGGCGCGCCGCCUCCCGUCUCCCGCACCCACAGCACCGUCAGCGGCCGCGGAGACACGGAGAAGACCCUCCUGCUCAGCUCUGAUGACGAAUUCUAAGGAGGAAAAUGAGGCAAACAGACAGUCGUCGCGCCACAGCUGAAUCUUAUUCAGACUGAUGUUUUAACGGCGGAGGAUACUUAACCCUCCUGUGCAGCUGGUCCUCUUAAAUGUGUGAUUGAUUGUAGAGCUGCGUGUUUGUUUUACCUGUUUUUGAGACUGCUCAUGAAUGCGAGGACAUGCGUAAACAUUUUUUGCACCCACACUUCCCCAAGCGUCUUAUUUGGUGGGAACGCUCUGUGCUGAUUUUGUGUUAAAACCACAGGCCAAGAAAAUAAACAGGGCUGUGUCAGUUUUUGGAAAGUUCAUGAGUCACACUUGUACAUACUGAAUCAUACUUGACUUAUGAACAAACGUUUUCUGGCUUGGAUAGAAGGUUAAUUUCACAUUUUAGCUCAGUCCUCCGCUCAUGUAAUCAUCCUAAUGGAUGUUAAUGUUUAGUCUCUGAAGGCUCUGUUGUUCUCAGAUAUCACUGACUUUUCAGAGUUUCCCCAGUCAUGGAAAUCCUUCAAAAGUUGAAUUAGAUAUUUUUUUUUCCGUGACUGGAAGUGAAAAAUAUUAUUUAAGUUCCAUAAAAGUUUUGAACUUUUAAUUUUAUGAACUUAAAAAUAAUAUUUUGAUAUUCAUUUGCAAAAAAUGGGACAAAUUAGUUGGUCUGCAAUUAUAUUAAUGUGCUUCAAACAGAGGCUGUUUGCAGUGUCGUGGUGCAAAGGUACGGAAAAUAUACGUCUAGAUUAAUUAUGAGUGAACCCUGGUGUGUUGUGGGAUUUUAAGGGAACCCAAGUCAGAAACACGAGUUGUAUGGAUCAAUGUUAAUUAUACUGGUGGAGCAUAUAAGAGCGAGGCAGAGCAGAUUAUAGAUUAUAUGGUACAUCUGCUGCAGGGGGCAGCAAGAGUGAAGGGCAGCGGCAGAACUGAUCAGGAUUACACUGGUGUAAUUGGGGCCUUAUUUGAACGGCUGGGAUUAAAGCUCGAGCCGGUUGACUCAGACCGCGUAGACCUCUGCAGGUCACAAUGUAGGUUAACAGCGCUGAGGGAAAAACACAGGAGGAAUAUAGGUUAAAGCUAACUUUAGAUGCUAGAGGAGCUCAGCAAUAGCAAUGGAGUAUUUCCUCUGUUAGCAUAGAUGCAUGAUGUUAAAGGCAGGCUGUGCUGACAUUUAAAGUCGAACUUGAAAGUUAAAUUCUCGCUGUUUUUGUAAGUAAACUGCUGCUUUGUAUAAUUUUCCAUUCUUUAAAGAAAGGAAUGAAUCCAGUGUUGUGUUUGUCCCACAGUUUAGAGAGGAGGGGGGGCGAGCUGGCAUCAGCUGUCUCUCUUUCAUGACGCGACGGCAUGUCUACAGUUAACAGCAAGAAGUGGUCCUUUAAUCUCCAUGACUCCGUACGUACACAGCGUGGACCCACGGAGUCAUGGAGCCAUACAGGAAGUGCUUCAAUAACAGAUGAUGCUAAUGCUAAUAACUUGGUUAACAUCCUGUGUGUCUGAAGGAAAGUGAUAGCAUGAACUCAAACAGAUAUUGGACCAAUCUAAUCACCAGUACCGAUGGAGAACACUCAUGUGGUUCUUCUUGAUAAAUUUGAGUCAAAACAAACACCAGUGACGCACAUGUACUGAUUUCUUAAGCAAAACUUCAGUUCGACUUUAGAUUUGUUUGAGUUGUUUAAUUUAAAAAGCAAAUCCACCCAUCUCUCAGGCUGAUGGUCCUGAUUGAAUUACUAACAUCCGUCCAAAUUAAGUGAGUUUUCUGAAUGUUCCCCGGACUCGCCCUCUGCAGUGACUUCUCCCUUCAGACAGUAAGGUUUCAGUAUUGUCAGUUUUUGCUUGAAAGGACUUAAGUCUUCAGCUUAACUACAUUUUUUUUUUGCACAUUAACACAGGUCUUACCCUGAGUUCGGGUAUAUUUGAAAGCACAAACUGCAUAUAAGCACUUCACAUGUUCAUCUAAUGCAUUUACAGUAUGUCAGACAGUUAAUAUUCCCUCAGUUAAAUAUAACAUGAGUGCGUAAACUUCACAUUGUUUCGUUUCUUUGACUUGGAUGCUGCUCUGUUCCAGUCUUUUUUCUUUCUUUUUUUUUGUUUGAUUUCAUUUCACCGCAGUCAGAGCGGGUUAUUUUUUACUCAUAAUUGGAGUUCUUGAGUCAUCUGAAUGAGUCAUGCCGAGUCUGCCGACGUGUUUACUGUAACUACUUUCACUGCGCUGCUGUUGCUCUGUGUGAACACCAGGGGGCCGUGUGGAGGACAUGGACACACUGACACUUAUCUGCCAGCCAUCAGCCAGUUAUCAAAAACUUUAACCUUGGUGUAUAUGUAACGGAAAAAAUGCUUUGUCUGAGUGUGUGUGUGUGUGUGUGUGUGUGUGUGUGUGUGUGUGUGUGUGUGUGUGUGUGUGUGUGUGUGUGUUGUCAGCAGUAAAUGGGAGCAAUCCCAGGCCUCAGACAGUGGUCAUGGGUCUUUUUUAUUUCUACUUCUGCUUGACAUAAUAUUAGUUUUAAAUAAGAGGGAUGCCACGUCUGUGCACAGAAACCGCAGCCUAUUUUUAGACAUUGCUGAGUGCUGUCUGGGUUGUUAGGUUGCUAAAUUUUGACAUGGAUUAAAAACUGGAAUUUUUUAUUUUUUAUUUUAAGUUUCAUCCACAAUUGAGUUCCUUCAUAUAAAAAAAAAAAACCCUCGUCAGCUCAGCAUUGUUACAGUUUUCUGUCUUCAUUUCCUCAGAAUCAUGAAUGAACAAACCUCAGAUGUCGGACGAACCAACGUCGACGGUUUUUGGGGUUGAAGCGUUGAACCUGAUAGAUACGAAUCUCUUGUGUAUCUAUUAAUGUGCUUCUAUAAAUGUGAAAUGACAUUUUUCCUCUGCACUUUCUCAUCAGGAUGGAAAUGAUGAUGAGCCCAAACCGAUGCAAGUUUUUUUUAUUUUUCCAUGCCUGAUAUAAUAGUAAUAAUAACUCACGAUUUAAAAGAAAGACAGUGUGUCAGUCUUGCUGCACUUUGAAUGCCAUAAUUAACUUUUCUAGCUAAGACGCUCUCAUGCACUCUUCACUCCCCUCUCUCUACAUCUUUGUCAUCCGCUAAUGUGAGACAUUCUUUUCACAUGUAUAUGAAUAUUGCUGAGGAAAUGCUGUAACUAUUGUUGUAAAUACAGUUUCAAGGAGGAACAGUAGUGAUGUAUGUUGAUAUAGUCACAUGCUGCGAGGCACAUGAGCAACAAAGUUUUGUAUUUUUACUUCAUAACUUUGUCUUUUUUAUUUUUAUUUCAGCAACUCUUUUGGUUUCUAGUUCUUUGUAUAUUUUAAAGCUGCUCAUGAUGCUACUAUUUCAUGUCUAAUGGAUAAAUAUUGGAAAAAAUAAUAAAGAUAUUUAGUCUGGUA